AACUGGACAAAUAUUUACAAGCACGAAACAGAAUUUCGACUGUGCCCAGUUGAUUCAGAUAUUUCUUGGCUCAGAGCCCAACCAGCUGCCGAAUUGUGCAAACGAACGAAUUUUGAGAAUGUCUAGAACGCAUCUAGCCAAAAUGCUGCUGAUCGCCGCGCUGCUAAUUGUCGGCGGCCAAGCGAGACCCGGACGUGGACGGAAGCGCGCCUUUGGCGUUGGUCUGCUGGGCGGCGCCUUGGCGGGCGCUGUCAUUGGCAAUGCGGUGGCCAAGGCGCCGGGCUCGGCGCAAGCGGCUGCCCCAGCGUCAGCGCCAGCGCCAUCGCCAGUGGCUCAGGUGGUGGAGACGGGCGUGCCCGAUGCCAAUGGCUGCUAUAGGCAGACGAUCAAGGAGCCCCUGCCCGGCAAUAACAAACUGUACACAGAAACGGUUCAUCUAGUCUGUCCCCAUAAUGCGCCGCCAGCUAAUCCACAGCCAGCGAUGGUGGUGGUGCCAGUUGCCCAGGCUCCGGCGGCAGCACAUCCAGUGCUGGUCGCACCUGCGGCACCGGCUGCGACACCUGCGACACCUGCUGUUGUUUACAAUCAGACGUCAGCGCUGAACUCCACGCAUUUGAAUGCAACGCAUGUGCUUGCCACUGGCCCGGCGCCAGCUGCAGUUCCCGCUUCGGUUCCUGUUGCAGCCGCAGCGCCUGCUCCGCAUUCUUCGCUAACUGUAGUGUACGCAGCUCCGCCGCAGCAGCAGCAUCCGCAGCCUGCACAGCCCGGUACUGCGCACGUGAUUCUGCUGUCCAAAACAGUCAAGAAGCAGAAGUCUGCGGCUUGUUCCAUAAAUAUUUCGCAGGGUCUGCUGAUUCUGGUCGUUCUGUACUGCUUAAUAAGCAAAUAAGUUUAAAUUUCAUAAAAGUUGUUUCUUCAAAAAAAAAUUAUCUAGACCUGCUACCAGUCCUACAAAUAAAGCAUAUGCUUUUCUUUAA